UGAACUCGUAAGGAAGCGAUGUCCUCGGAUCCCUGCCUAAAAAUGUACAAACACCUGCCGCAUCAUACAACUGUAACAAUAGAUUCAAUCGUACCUACCUCGCAUGUCAAUCUCCAGCUUUGGAGUCAAUCAAAGCAUCAUCUGUCUCGCGACUCUCAUCCAUGUUUCUCAACACGCUUGCCAUUCGGCCAUCAUGAUUCGCCUCUGCGGUGACCCCUCCGCAUCUCAGACAUCCUUUCGUAUCGACGACGUCGCUUUCUCAGCUGCUUCAUCAGACCAACGGGCUUGCAUCUCAAGGGACGGCAGACAAUUCAACAUCCACGGCCUUCCGUCUCCAACAUGACUGGUCCUUCAGCAGCGACAUGUCUUGAUUCCCUUCGUCGGUCCCGCGGUCCGUUUGGAUUCGA